AUGAAGCUUUUGCUAAUCCUUGGCUUUUGCCUCCUACCCCUGCUUGCUCAGGGAAAGGUCUAUGGGAGGUGCGAGCUGGCAGCAGCUAUGAAGAGGCUUGGACUGCAUAACUUCCGUGGAUACAGCCUGGGAAACUGGGUUUGUGCAGCGAGAUAUGAGAGCAACUUCAACACCGGGGCCAUAAACCGGAACAGAGACGGCAGUUCCGACUACGGGAUUUUGCAGAUCAACAGCCGCUGGUGGUGCAAUGACAACCGGACCCCGGGGACCAAGAAUAUCUGCAGAAUCCCCUGCUCAGCACUUCUGAGUUCGGACAUAACAGCAUCGGUGAACUGCGCAAAGAAGGUUGUCAGCGAUAAAAAUGGCAUGAAUGCAUGGGUCGCGUGGCGCAASCACUGCAAAGGAAGGGAUGUCUCCCAGUGGGUCAGAGGCUGCCRGCUGUGAGCGCUGAUGUUUUGUGGCACCAUCCGAAUGAGCAGCUUUCACACAAAGCUGGCCGCUUCUCCAGCGUGCUGCUUUACACACUUGAUUGCAAUUAAAAUAAAAUCCAGGUGAAUUACUGCAACACAGCCAAUACACAAAGAGUCGGUGUUUUAUACCUUGCCGAUGGAAUGGCUGGUAUUUCCACUGCCUGGCUUAUUACUUUUGCUAUGGGUAGACAAG